AUGGGAUGCUCGGAGUCGAAGGUGGUGGAGCGUAGGGCCGUGGUGCUCUGCCACCGCCGCGCUGACCUCCUCGCCGCCGUCAUUCGUCACCGCAACGCCCUCGCCACUGCGCACGCAGCCUACUCCGACUCCCUUCUCUCCGUCUCCGUUGCCCUCCACCGUUUCCUCCUACUACUAGCCGCUUCUUCCUCCUCCUCCCCUGUUCUUUCCCUUCCUAGACGCCUCAAAUCUGAGCCAUGUCCGCCACCGCCAGCUUCCUCUGGUUCCUCUGCCCGCUACCAUCAUUUCAGCUCUCGCAUAGAGAUUGCUACUUUGGACUCCGACGAUGAGCACGAGGACGAAGAGGAGCACGAUGUGAGAGGUGAUUACAAUUUCCAGCAGCAACGCCUCUACGACUUCCCUUGCGCCACUAGCUUCGGAAGAAUUCACUACACGCGCAGCCAGCCGCCGCCUUUCUCCGUCACCUUCGAUCAGCGACCGCCGUCCUAUGAGACAGUCCAAGUUGACUACUUUGAUCCUUACUCGGCUAACCCUUCGCACGCCAGCCAUCCUUUUCCCUUCCCCCCUGGUUAUUACGGCUCAACUGGAGGAUUCUUCAACUCCUAUCCGAGUCCGGCGGCUAUGCCGCGGCUGGUUUCGGAAGGUUCUUCCUCAUCUAGAGCACCACCUCCGCCCCCUUCACCACCCAAGACUUCCACUUGGGACUUUCUGAACCCUUUCUCGAUUGACUUAUACAGCCAUGGGUACACCCCUAGCCGAAGUUCUGGCGAGGUGAGGCACGAGGAAGGGAUCCCCGACCUCGAAGAGGUGGAACAGGAAGUGGUCCAGGAAGCCACCUAUGACAACCCGAGCUUUAUAGCUGUCUCCUCUACGGCCGCGGAAAACGGAGCGAGAGAGGAUGAAGUGAUAAGCCCAUCUUACCACCCAUCGGCGGCCAGUCGAAGCUCAAAUUACGAUCCGGCUGUGAUCGAUAAGGAUACGGUGGCAAUGGGACAGAGAAACACAGCAACCUCCAAGAGGAUACGAAAUGCUUUAGAGGUUGCUGAUGCAAUUAAGGUACAGUUUCAAAGGGCAUCCAAGUGCUUCAGAGAACUCUCGGAGUUGUUGGAAACGGGAAAUCACAAUGAUGAAGUAGCAAAGGGUUCUAUGGGCCUUGCUUCCACAUUGCAGAAGCUGUAUGUUUGGGAGAAGAAGCUUUACCAUGAGGUCAAGAGUGAAGAGAAAAUGAGACAAUUGCUUAGUAAGAGCAACAAGGAUCUUAGACACUUGGUAGAAAAGGGUGCUGAGGCUCACAAGAUCGACACCACCGGAAGUUUGAUCGAUAAGCUAUCGAUGAAAAUUCAGGUAACAAUUCAGGUUGUUAGAACAAUUUCAAAAAGGAUAGAUGCACUGCGAGACGAAGAACUGUGGCCACUAGUCACUGACCUUGUUCUAGGUCUGGUGAGAAUGUGGAAUCUUAUGCUCGAGUGUCAUCGGAUGCAAUGCCAAACCAUAACCGAAGUUGAAGGUCUAGAUUUCGUGGUCGCAUAUGGAAGGCUUAGCAGUGCUAAUACUGAUGCAAUACUGCAGCUGGAGAUGGAAAUGCACAAGUGGAGUAGCAACUUCUCGGCAUGGAUUAAUGCUCAGAGGAACUAUGUCAAAGCCUUGAAUGGUUGGCUUCUACUUUGUCUUCCUCGUGAACAUGCUGAAACUGCUCCCUCCCCAAGGAGAAUUGGUGCACCACCUGUUUUUACCAUCUGCAAGUGCUGGGCACAGGCCAUGGACAGGGUCUCUGAGCUUGAGGCGAUUAAUUUCGUGCUGGCCUUCGCUGAUUCCUUACACCAACUAUGGGAGAGGCUGAUCGUCGAUAAGAAUAAGCAGAUGGUCGCAACUAGAGAUAGAGAGAGAUGGCUCAGGGUUAUUGAGAUAAAGAGAAAAGCAAUGCACAAGGAAGUGAAUUCUCUAAACAAGAAGCUCGCAGUAAUACCUGGUCAGUUCACUCUACCAGUUCUUCAAAAGCAGUGUGAUGCUCAAAAUAUUACAGAAGUAGGCAGUCUGAAAUUAGGUUUGAAAAGAUUAUUUGAAGCCAUGAAACACUUCUCGGCUAGUUCAGUGAAAGCUUAUGGUGAGUUGCUUGAGCAUUGUGGAGAGCAGACAAUGUAGGCUCAGCACAAAUUUUCCAGUUGCAUUCGCAUUCGAUACAAGUGCCCGAGAAUAAUUGUUUCAGCAUCUUGCUUAUAGAGGUCAGGGAUGCUUCUAAGGAAACCAAAAAGAGUGGCUUAUUGUCGCGAAUAUCUUCACUGAAAUUUGGCUUGAUAGUUGGUUUUCUACAAAGAUUUGCAAAUCAAGGAUGACCGAAAGAUGUGUUUGUGAGAUCUUUGAUGGCGAACUUGAUACAUGGACGAUGACUAUUAGUGAAAUGUCGAAAUGGGUUACUGAUAGAAUACAUUCUAAGUUAUCUAGAUGCUUAGUUUGAUUGUUAUCAUAGAGAUAAUUAGAUUCAGAGGUAUUUUGAACUUGAAGGCCUUUUCACUUCUA